AUGGAUUCCAAUGAAGAAUCAUACGAAAAGACAUUUUUACCAAAUCCAUAUAUUGUUCGACCACGAACAUUACUUCGAUCACCGUUAUAUCCAAUAAAAGAAAAUCGAGAUAUUUAUAUUAAAGAUGGUUCUUUAACAGGAUUAGAUUAUUUAUCUAAUAUACGAAAUUAUUUAUGGAAUCGAGAAACAAAACGUUUUUGUGCUCGAGAUGGUCUUGAAUGGGCAAAACUUGGUUGUUGUUAUUUUAUUUAUUUAUUUACAUUGGGUAUUCUUUUUUCUGCACUUGUUAUUGUCUAUAUGUUAUUGCUUGAUAAAAAAACACCGAGAAGACUUGGUAAUGAUAGUGCAAUAGCAUUUGAUAAUGGAAUUAAUCCAGGUCUUGGUUUUCGACCACAACUUCAUAUGGAUCGGUCACUUCUAAAAUGGCGUAGUUCACGUAAAGUAGGUCAUGAAUCAACUGGUGAACUGAUUGAAAAUAUACUAGAAUGGGGUAAAAUUCAUACUGUUAAAGAUCAAUUUCAUCAACAAAUGAUCGAUUGUGCAGCAAUACCACGUCAUUUAUUAAUAAAUUAUUUUCGUCAAGGGCUUUCAUGUAUAUUUUUAGUAACUGAUGUUAAACCAGGUCCAAAUCCAUGUACUAAACCAAAAAGUUUUGGUUAUCAUAAAGGUCGUCCAUGUAUUGCUAUUAAGAUAAAUCGAAUAUUUGGUUGGAUACCUGAACCUUAUCAAUCAAAAGAAGAAGUACCAAUUGAAAUUCGUCAUUUAUGGCAACCAGUUAUGAAAAAUUUUAUAUUAAUUAAAUGUUUUGGACAAUAUCCAACAGAUGAAGAUCUUGUUCAUGAAGUUGAUCAUAUAUCAAUAUUAGGUAAUAAAGCAAUUGGUGGUAUACCAACAUAUUUUUAUCCAUUUUUAAAUCAACCUGGUUAUCGACAACCAUAUAUAUGGGCACAAUUUAUUAAAAUCGAAUCAAAUGUUUUAUUAAAUAUUGUAUGUCGUGCAUAUGCAAGAAAUAUUCGUCAAAGUACAGAUAUUGAAGAUAUGACUGGUGCUGUACAUUUUGAACUCUUUUUUGAAUAG